AUGAGAGGUGCAUGGGACCAGGUUGAAGGCGAGAGCCUGGAGAGGAGACCUUUGGAGGCCAGUGAUUUCCCUGUGCCUUCAUGCUUCCACAUCAAGGGGCAAGAUACAGGGGGGCAGGCACCAUGCGCCAUGCUUGGGAGCACUGAUGGCCAGGGACAGAUACUCCAGCGCUUUCCAGAGAAGGACUGGGAGGACAACCCUUUCCCCCAGGGCAUUGAACUGGUGAGUCGGCUACGCAUGGGUGGAGUGCCCACCUCCUUGGAGACAGUCAUCGGGAACCUCCUGACCUGCAGCAUCCCCAUCACGGGGGGCUCCCAGCCUGACACGGAGGACGAAGGAGGAGCGAGGACCAUCUCUCUGGGGGCAGGCGACAGGCAGGUGAUCCAGACGCCCAUCAACGACUCUCUUCCUGUCAGCAACUGCAGCGUGGCUCUUCUCUUCCGACAGCUUGGAAUCACCAAUGUGCUGUGCCUCUUUUGUGCGGCCCUCACGGAGCACAAGAUCCUCUUUCUGUCCAGCAGCUACCAGAGGUUGACCGACGCCUGCCGGGCCUUGCUUGCCCUCAUGUUCCCCUUGAAGUACAGCUUCACCUACGUGCCCAUCCUCCCAGCCCAGCUUUUGGAAGUCCUCAGCACGCCGACCCCUUUCAUCAUCGGCGUCAGUUCUGCCUUCCAGCCAGAGACACAGGAGCUGCUGGACGUGAUUAUAGCCGACCUGGACGGUGGGACGGUCACUGUUCCUGAAUGCAUUCACAUUUCUUUGCUGCCCGAGCCCCUUCUGCAUCAGACGCGUGAAGCCCUCUCCAUGGUCCUGGACCCAGGACUGGAGAUUGCAGACCUCGCCUUCCCCCCGUCCACCAUCUCCGCUUCUUCCCUCAAGAUGCAGGACAAGGAAAUCCGCGCAGUCUUCCUGCGCUUGUUUGCCCAGUUGCUUCGCGGCUACCGCUGGUGCCUCCACAUCAUUCGCAUUCAUCCAGAGCCCGUCAUCCGCUUCCAUAAGGCCGCCUUCCUGGGGCAGCGGGGGCUGGUGGAGGAUGACUUCCUUCCCAGGGUGCUGGAGGGCAUGGCGUUUGCGGGCUUUGUGACGGAGCGGGGACCGCCGUACCGGGACACGGACGUAUUUGACGAGCUGGUGGCCAACGAAGCCCAGCGGAUGCAGGCCGAUGAAGGAAGCAAGCUCCGCGUUCUGCGCCACAUCAAGGAACUGGCCGAGCAGCUGUACAAGAAUGAGAACCCGUACCCAGCUGUGACGAUGCACAAGGUGCAGAAGCCCACGGAAGGCUCCCAUCUGCGCCUCCACCAGAGGCCUUUCCCCCGCCUGGACGAGGGAACCGUCCAGUGGAUUGUGGACCAGGCCACAGCUAAACUGCAGACAGCCCCCCCUGUGGUCAAGGCAGAGAAGAAGUGCAUGGUGCCAUCUGGGCCUCCCUUGGGUACUCUCAUGGAACGCAGUGGCCUUGUGCUGGCCAACAGCGCCCGCCGGCUGGAGGUAGUCCGAAACUGCAUUGCCUACGUCUUUGAGAGCAAGAUGCUGGAGGCCAAAAGGCUCCUCCCGGCAGUGCUGCGCGCCAUGAAGAGCCGAUCGGCCCGCCAAUGCCUGACCCAGGAGCUCAACCUCCAUGUCCAGCAAAACAGAGCCAUGCUGGAUCACCAGCAGUUUGACUUUGUGGUCCGCAUGAUGAACUGCUGUUUGCAGGACUGCAGCGCUGCAGACGAACAUGGCGUGGCCGCUGCCCUUCUGCCCUUGGUCACAGCAUUUUGCCGCAAACUCAGCCCGGGGAUCACCCAGUUCGCCUACAGCUGUGUGCAGGAGCACCUGGUGUGGACCAACCUCCAGUUCUGGGAGGCCAUGUUCUAUGGAGAUGUGCAGAGCCACAUCCGGUCCCUGUACCUGGAGGGCAGUGAGGAGAACCACCUGGAGCAGGUGGCCCAGCCGGGUGAGGAGGGGUCUCAAGGGGAAGGGUCUGCCCUGGAGAUAGCAGCCCAACAGUGCCGUCUGUGGCCCACCAUGGCCGCAGAGAAGCAGCGGGAGCUGAUCCAGAAGGAGGAGAGCACCGUCUUCAGCCAAGCCAUUCACUAUGCCAACCGGAUGAGUUACCUGCUGCUGCCCCUGGACACCAGCAAGAACCGCCUCCCGCGCAGCUCUGGCCUUGGGGAUGCUGAGAGCAUCAGCAACAGCUUCAUCACCAACAGCAUCGCUGGGAGCGUGGCCGAUAGCUACGACACGGAGAGUGGCUUUGAGGAUGCUGAAACCUCCGACGUGGCCAACUACGUGGUCCGGUUCAUCAACCGCUUUGUGGACAAGGUCUGCACAGAGAGCGGCGUCACCAACGAGCACCUGAAGGGCUUGCAUGUCAUGAUCCCAGACAUUGUCCAGAUGCACAUUGAGACCCUCGACGCUGUGCAUCGGGAGAGCAAGAGGCUGCCCCCCAUAGAGAAGCCAAAGCUCCUGCGGCCCAGUUUGCUGAUGGGGGAGGAGAGCGUGAUGGACGGCCUGCGCGUGUACCUCAUGUCAGACGGCAGGGAGGAAGGCGCCGGAGGGAACAUUGGGGGGCCCCCUCUGCUUCCAGCCGAAGGUGCCAUCUUCCUCACCACUUACCGCAUCAUCUUCAAGGGAACCCCAGUGGACCCGUUAGUUGGGGAACAGGUGGUGGUCCGUUCCUUCCCCGUCGCGUCCCUCACCAAGGAGGAGAAGCUCACUGCCCAGGCCCCGGUGGACCAGUUCAUCCAGGAGGGGUGUGCCCAGCUACAGCUCCGCUCCUGUACGUUCCAGCUGCUGCGCAUUGCCUUUGAUGAGGAAGUGGCCUCUGAGAGCGUGGAGACCUUCCGGAAACAUCUCAGCAAGCUGCGCUACCCCCAGCACAUCUCCGACACCUUUGCUUUCACGGUGGGCCUGUCAAACAAACCAGCCCUGCAGCCCAAACCCAAGGAGAAGAACCCAUCAUUCAGGACCAUCUCGAAGAAUCUGGUGAAGAACGCCAAGAGGACCAUCGGCCGCCAGUACAUCACACGCAAAAAGUACACACCGCCUCCCUGGGAGCACCAUGGUGGCAUCAGCAGCCAGCAGCCUUUCCCGGAGGACGAGGAUGAGAUCUCAGUGUCCGAAGAAGUAGACAGAAGCACCUUGACCCCUGCCACAUUGACCAUCCGGCCCUCAGAAAAGAUGACCAUGAGCCACUUGGUGGAGCGGGCCUGCUGCCGGGACUACCAGCGGCUGGGCCUGGGCACACUGAGCAACAGUCUGACCCGUUCCAAGAACGAGCCCUUCCGCAUCUCCACCGUCAACCGGAUGUAUGCCAUCUGCAGGAGUUACCCAGGGCUGCUGAUCGUCCCGCAGAGCAUCCAAGACAACACCAUUCAGCGGAUCUCACGCUGCUACCGGCAGAACCGCUUCCCUGUUGUCUGCUGGAGGAACUCGCGCACCAAGGCGGUGCUGCUUCGCUCGGGUGGUCUGCACGGGAAGGGCAUGUCCGGCCUCUUCAAGUCUCCCAAUGCCCCGGCACCAGGCCCUUCGCAGGCUGAUUCCACCAGCCUGGAGCAAGAGAAGUAUCUGCAGGCGGUCAUCAAUUCCAUGCCCCACUAUUCAGAUGCCAGUGGCCGUAACACUCUUAGCGGCUUUACCUCUGCCCACAUGAGCAGCUCAGAUUCCUCAGAGAAGCGGCAGCCCAAGCUGGGAUCCCUUAUGAAGCAGGUGAUGGGAGGGAAGGACGAAGGGCCCGGGCUGGUUGGUCGCGGAGGCCUAGGUCACAGAGCCAGGGUCAUUACCCUCUCCAGCCCCAAGAGCCUAGCCGCAAAGGGACGGCUGUCCCCUCGAGGCAAGUGGGGCAGCAUCCGAGCCAGCGGGCGCACCAGCACCUAUGCUCUGAACAUGGAGAUUGGCUCCCGCUUGGCUGGGAAGGAGCUGCUGAACACACCGCCCAACGGGUCCCCCUCCGAGGCCAGCUUCCUGCGCCAGCACCGCGCUUCACUCUACAUCAUCGGAGACAAGUCUCAGCUCAGGGGAAUGAAGCCGGACCCUCUGCAGCAUUGGGAGGUGGUCCCCAUUGAAGUGUUUGAGGCCCGGCAGGUCAAGAGCAGCUUCAAGAAGCUGAUGAAGGCUUGUGUGCCCAGCAGCCCUUCUGCGGAGCCCAGCAUGACCUACCUGCGCUCCUUGGAGGAGUCUGAAUGGCUGACCCAGAUCCAUAAGAUCCUGCAGAUUUCAGUGCUGGUCGUGGAGCUGCUGGACACAGGCUCUUCUGUGCUGGUCAGCCUGGAGGAUGGCUGGGACAUCACCACGCAGGUGGUGUCCCUGGUGCAGUUGCUGUCAGACCCCUACUACCGCACCCUGGAAGGCUUCCGGCUGCUGCUGGAGAAGGAGUGGCUCUCUUUCGGGCACCGCUUCAGCCACCGUGGCGCACAGACCCUAGCAGGACAGAGCGCCGGCUUCACACCCAUCUUCCUGCAAUUCCUGGACUGCGUCCAUCAGAUCCACUUGCAGUUCCCCAUGGAGUUUGAGUUCAGCCAGUACUUCCUCAAGUUCCUCAGCUACCAUUCCGUCUCCAACCGUUUCCGCACUUUCCUGCUGGACUCGGACUACGAGCGGCUGGAGCUGGGCCUCCUGUACGAAGAGAAGGGCGAGCGGAAGGGGCCCCAGCUCUUUCGGUCCGUCUGGGAAUAUGUGGAGCGACUGAACAAGAAGACCCCCGCCUUCUUCAACUACAUGUAUGCCCCUGAGGACGGCGAGGUGCUGCGUCCGUACAGCAACCUCUCCAACCUGAAGGUCUGGGACUACUACACGCAGGAGACGCUGUCUGAGGGCCCCUCCUACGACUGGGAGCUGGCACAGGACCAGGCACAGCCCCUUGAGGACCCCGGGCCGCCAGACACUGGUGCGCCCCCCCACAGCCAGCGCAGGAUCGUCUGGCCCUGCUAUGAUAACUGCAGCCGCGUGGAGCCAGAUGCCAUUUCUCGGCUGCUGGAGGAACUACAAAACUUGGAAAUGGAAAUGGGACAGAUUCCAGGACGCUGGAAGGAGACGUGGGACAAACUGAAGGCCUUUCAGCGAGCCGAGGCUCAGGAAGACAGCGGUGGCAAAGGGCUGGCGAGCGCUCUGCUGAUGGCCUCUGGCCUCUCACACCAGCGCCGCUCGCUGGGCAUCUACCUGCAGGAGACCGGGGUGGGCAGCUCCUCCCUCAACCUCAGCCUGGACAGCGAAGCCAGCAGCGCCUCGACCCCCUCCAGCGGGAAGCCGGGUGGCCACAGGAGCACCACCAGCACACUUUACAGCCAGUUCCAGCCCGCGGAGAGUGAGAACCGAUCCUACGAAGGGAUCCUGUAUAAGAAAGGAGCCUUCAUGAAGCCCUGGAAGCCGCGCUGGUUUGUGUUGGACAAAACAAAGCACCAGCUGCGAUAUUACGAUAGCCGCCUGGACAUGGAGUGCAAAGGGGUCAUCGACCUGGCCGAAGUAGAGUCCAUCAUGCCAGGCACUCCCACCAUGGGGGCUCCGAAGAUGGUGGACGAAAAGGCCUUCUUUGAUGUGAAGACGACAAAGCGUGUUUACAAUUUCUGCGCCCAAGACGUGCAUCUAGCUCAGCAGUGGAUCGAUCGCAUCCAAGGCUGCUUGUCCGACGCCUGAGGCUGCCUUCCCCAGACCACUCUUCUGGGCCUCGUUGAGUGAAGCAGCUGCUUCAGAGGUGCCUGCCGGGCCGGGCCGGCCGGUCAGAUCAGGACAGGGUAGGCUGGCAGGAGGUACUGGGAGAGGACCACUGGACUCUUUGUUAUGACCAGCCUGGCUUCCGGUGCGCUCUGCCAAAGCGGCUCAGUGGAAAAGGUCAGGUUCCACUUCUGGCGCCUUGCGGCAGAUUGAGCUCUAGAGAGCCAGGAGGUUCCCAGAGCCCAGGUGGACCAGGCGGCAGUGCUGUUACUGCAUGGCAUCUCCGUAGCUGCUCAUGCCGACCAAGCGCACUUCCUGCUGGUGCCAGGAGAGGGGCCCAGCGGUGGUGGGGCAACUGGUGGUACUGGGGUCUUCAAGCCCAGUGGGCUGGGGCUUGCGCGGUUGCAGUUCCUAGCCUCCAGUUUGGGACAUUGAGAGGAGGGUGGGUGGACUGCGGUGCUGUUUGCCUCUUUCCUCUGGCGGUGUUUGUCAUCUGAUGCUUUUGGGGCAAGUGGGGUGGCCCAUGACCUGGCCAGGGAGCUUGCUGUGGGAGCAAACUGGGAGGAAGAAGCUUGUCAGGUUGAUACGCUUGGUUCAACCGGAGCCAUUUGCGUGCCCAGGAACUGGCGCUGCGACUGACCCCCAACGCAAACCAUGCCCCCUCCUUCCCUUUGGGCCUAGACUGGCCUGCUGCCCUCCCACCUGCCCCCUUUGAAAGGCUGAGGAGUGUCAGUUUCGUGCCCCAAGACGUUGUAUAUAAGCGAGAGCCUGACUCCUCUCCCCUUCCCCAACCCUUUUUUAUUUGUACAAUAACGGCUGUGGCUGGUGUGAACUGGAGGGUUUUGUAAGUUCCUUGAGCAGUUGUAGAUUAUUGAAGUUUCUGUACAUUGUGUCAAACCUACAGAGUCCUUGUAUUGUAUUUGUGCCUAGAGGGAAAAUAUAUCAAGAGAAGAAGCUAAUGGCAUUUAUUAAAAAAUGACGACAGA